UAAACACAAGUCCAUCCAUUUCUGAGGUACAGCCGUUCAAAAAUUCCUCAGUUUUUCCGUCAUUAUAAGUAUGGCACACACUAUAAAAACAAAGUUCACGGGACAACCGUUUCCCCUACCUUCAUACCUUGGUACCUACUGCAAAAUAUGAAACUUGAUUGGACAUUGGCGACAAAUCAGGCCUAUUAGUAUGCCCCUACCCCGUAAAAUUGCCGGGUACUGGGUUCUAGUGGGCACUGGGCACACCGAGGCAUGCCGUGCGCAGCGUCACACUCUAUGCGCCCGGGACUCUCGCUUUCUUGUAGAAAACUGCGACAACCGCUCAGCAUACAUGCCCCAGUCAUAGCUAGCACGCCAAUAACGCCAUACACUGGUGCCGUGAUACCUAAGUCUGCAGGUGAUUGUGAAAUGACGACCACCAACAUCGGACAUGUCGUUGCUAACAGUCUGCUAAUGGUUGCAAAUCUCCUCUCCCACCAAAGCGCAACGAAAGUGACCAAGGUGACAGUCCCAGAGCUGACACAAACGAACUCCAGUGCUCUGAUCCUGGACUGCGAGUUCUCAGUUCCUGAUGAGAACUUCGUGCUGCAGUGGCUGUUCAACGGGGAGCGGCCGCCGGUGUAUGAGUGGAGGCCCAACACUGAGCCGGUAGUGGUGGAUUUGCUGCGUGACAGACUCGAUGUUCAGUAUAAAGCUGCAGACAGUCCAUCCAUAGGCCGGCGGUCGCUGCGCAUCCUGCGGCCGGGGCCGGAGCUCAGCGGCGACUACACGUGUCUCGUCCGGAGCGACGCCGGCGCCGAGGACCACGCCACCAAGACCGUGCUUGUAUUUAGUCCCGAGCACGAGUUUGUGCUCACAAUCGACUACGCUGAAGAGUUUGAAGUGAACUGCAUAGCUAGGGGGCUCUACCCGCAGCCCACACUCGUCCUAGAACGCAACCGGUAA